AAGCAUAAGAAUGUUGUUCAGCUUUUGGAUAUUUUCACGGGCCCUCUCUCAGUACAUCUUGUUUACGAGUCACUAGAGGUUUCACUGCAUCAAAUACAAGCAACCAACACACCAGAUAUUACUGAAAUUGAUCUAGCAAUUUUUGCUAAAGAGAUUCUUCAGGCUCUCGAAUAUAUGCAUUGUGUUCUUGGUAUAGUCUAUGGACAGAUAAAUCCACGGAAUAUUCUUCUAUCAUUUAAUAGUUGCGAAAUCAAGCUUGCAAAUAUUGCUAUCUCAGUAUUGCAGCCGCAGCAAAAAAGCUUCAAAGCUGAUAUCCGAUCCGUUGGCACUUUGUUGGUUGCUUUGAAGGAGCCAGGCACGAUUAUGUGUAACCCAGAGAGUUUAGAGCUCAAGACAGACGAUGUAAGUGAUCUUUGCAAUCACUUCCUCCAGCAAAUUGAGAGCUUAUCCUUGCGAGGACUACUCAAGGUAAGUUUCGCUCUCUUCUGA